CAAUUUCGCAGCUUUCCCGCUCUACAAGCCUACGAGCCGGCCGUCAUCCACCUGACCGUAUAAACACGCUCCACUCUGCACCCAAUUGACAACUCCAAAUCCCACAUAAAGGAAAGCGUCCAGCCCAACUCGGUUAUUACACCACUCAGACUCAACACCGAUCCAUGGAACCAUCACGCUGCGGCAAUGGCCGCCUCCUCCUCUUCAUCCUUGUGGUGCUCGCCGCUGGCGAUCUCGCGUCAGCGCAGUCGAACCCGCCUCCCCCCGGCUUUGGCGCUUACGCGACAAACUUCAGCCCGUCCAUGGCGAUCGUCAUCGUCGUCCUCAUCGCCGCCUUCUUCUUCCUCGGCUUCUUCUCCGUCUACAUCCGCCACUGCUACGGCGAGCAACUCGGCUACUCCGCCGCCCGGCUCCCGAUCGGUACCGGGACCGCGGCGCGCUCGCGGCGACAGCGCGGGCUCGACCCGGCCGUCCUGGAGACCUUCCCGACCAUGGCGUACGCGGACGUGAAGGAGCACAAGGCCAUCAAGGGCGCGCUCGAGUGCGCCGUGUGCCUCAGCGAGUUCGACGACGACGAGACGCUCCGCCUCCUGCCCAAGUGCUCCCACGUCUUCCACCCGGACUGCAUCGACACUUGGCUCGCGUCCCACGUCACCUGCCCCGUCUGCCGCGCGAACCUCGUCCCCGAGGACCCCAACGCUCCGUCCACCGGCGAUGAUGUGCCUGCCGAGCUGUCGGAUCCUUCCGUCUCGCAGCUGCAGGAAGUCCCGCCGCCGGCGUCUCCUACGGCAGCAGCGCCGGCCGUCGUCAUCGACGUGGACGAGACCGAGGACGAGAGGAUCAUACGAGAAGAGACGGACGAGUUGACGCGCAUCGGCAGCCUGAAGCGCGCGCUGCGCUCCAAGUCCAGCCGCGCGCCUGCACGGUUCGCGCGUUCGUACUCAACGGGGCACUCACUAGUCGCGCGGGCCGGCACCGGUACCGGCGCCGGCGCAGAGAGGUUCACGCUGCGGCUACCUGAGAACGUGCUCCGCGAGGCCGUCGCGGCAGGGAAGCUGCGGCGGACGAAGAGCCUCAUCGCGUUCACGUCCGGCCGCCAGGGUAGCACGCGCCGAGCGCUCAGGAUCGGCGCCGGCGAAGGCAGCAGCCGCGGCGGAAGGAGCGUGCGGCUGGGCCAGUCCGGCCGGUGGCCGUCAUUCCUGACGCGGACUCUCUCCGCGGCGUGGGGGUCAAGGUCGACGCGGCGAGUGGCCGAGUCGGACGGAUCCAGCAAGGGCGGGAAGCCGGCCGGCGCCGGCGGCAAGUCAGUGGAUUGCAACGACCAGGCGUGCGCGCUCGGACAUCAUGUUUGAUUUGACCGGGCCGUUUCUUUCGCCGUGGUCAAAUGAUGCGUGCUUGCGUGCCGCUACUUGCCAUGAAGAAAUGGUUGUUUCUUUCGUCCUCAGUUGCUGGUUGAAUUUUUCUGUUUGUGAAUUUUUGGACGGUUACUCAAUUUUCUUUAGACAACAACAUGUACAGUAGUAUAUAAAAUGGUGGUUGAUUAGCGGAAGAUUUCCGAUACAAUUACCUGGCUGUGGUACAUAUGUUCUUAUCUUCUUCAAGAAAAGUAGACUAGUGUAUCGAUCAUCAUAUCAUCA